UUGCACCAGCUCACUUGUUGCUCACUGCUCACUUUCUAUGUGCAUAUUUUCAGGGAUUUUUCACUGCAUUUCCCGAAACCGAGUCUCUUCAGAUUAAUCAGUCAAAUUUGGUCGUGGGUUUGGAGGUAUACUUUUUUCUCAGUAAUGGGCUUUCACUUUUUUUCAUGAAAAUGGGAUGAAUUCGCACUGAUCAAUGCUUUUUGCUUUGAAUUUGAGGUAAAAUUUCCCCUAUUUUAAUCUAUUGGCAGUGCCUUUAUUUAGUUUCCAGUAACGUAAUUAGCUUAGGUUUCUCCAAAUCAUUGAGAAAAACGAAGUCACGAAUCAAUUUGAUUUGUAUGAAAUGAAAAACGGCGGUGGGGAAGACUGGGUGCAUAAACCUAGGGUUUUGAUUUGAAUCUGUUAGCGCUGCCUUUAUUUAGAUUUUGGGUAACUUUAAUUAGUUUAGGGUUCUCUAAAUUGUUGAGAAUCGAAGUGUCGAUCAAUUUGAUUUGUGUGAUAUGGAAGACGACGAUGGGCAAGACUAUGUGGAUAAAUCUAGGGUUUUGAAUGUGCAACCGUUGCGAUGUUUGGCUCCUAUUUUCCCUUCAACGGCUAGUUUCCCUUCAUUUCCCCAUCCCCAAGCUGCUUCCCCUUUUAUGUGCCCACCUCCUGCUGGUCAUUUCCCCCCUGGUUUUGCGUCAUUCUACCCGUUUUCGGGUUACCCGGAUUCUCACAACAUGCAAACUCCUAUGCCUUUUGGGUUCAAUGGUUCCAUUCCGGCGGUUCCUAUCAAUUCAUUCAGGAGUGGAGCAAAUGGAGAUGCUGGGUCUUCCGGACGGAGUUCGAGAAAUCCCGGUCCAUCGCAGUAUGAAGAAGAAGACGAUUAUAGUGAUUGGGUUCAUGUAAAUGAAGGUGAAGAUUCUAGCAAGGCUGCCACCAAAAAGAAAAGGAUUCCGAAGAGGGUGCGAGCUGGCAGUGGCCAGGAUAUCAAUGUUGCUUCCUCCGAUGUGGAUGUAGAUGCUAUGGUUGAUAAAAUUGUUGAGUCAUUUAAUCUCAUGGAUUUUGAUGCAUUCAAGCGAGCUGAUGGUGACAAGGAUUCGGUAGGAUAUAUACGCAUGAUCUAUGAUUUGCUCCGAAGAAAGCUUUCUCAGAUUGAGGAUUCAAAGGAAUCUACUCCAGGAGUAACGAGACGGCCUGACUUAAGAGCAGGGACAAUCCUAAUGAACAAAGGGAUUCGAACCAAUGUGAAGAAGAGAAUUGGUGUUGUGCCUGGUGUGGAAGUUGGAGAUAUUUUCUUUUUCAGGAUGGAGAUGUGUUUGGUUGGGUUACAUGCUCCAAUUAUGGCUGGUAUUGAUUACAUGGGCCUCAAGGUCUCUCAAGAUGAAGAGCCAGUAGCAGUUAGUAUUGUCUCAUCUGGAGGAUAUGAGGAUAAUUCGGAGGAUGCUGAUGUGUUGGUUUAUAGUGGUCAAGGUGGCAAUAUUAAUAAUAAAGGCAUGGAAAUAACUGAUCAGAAGCUUGAACGGGGCAAUCUUGCUUUAGAGAAGAGCUUGCACCGAGGUAAUGAGGUUCGAGUGAUUCGUGGUGUAAAAGAUAUAGCAAAUCCAACUGGAAAGAUUUAUGUUUAUGAUGGUCUUUAUAAAAUCCAGGAGUCAUGGGUGGACAAGGGGAAGUCUGGUUGCAAUGUAUUUAAGUACAAAUUAGUUAGGUUAUCCGGGCAGCCUGAAGCGUACACAGUGUGGAAAUCUGUUCAGCAAUGGAAGGAUGGCAGUACUGGUAGAGUUGGGGUUAUAUCGCAUGAUCUAACUUCUGGGGCAGAAAGUAUACCUGUUUCUCUUGUAAAUGAUGUUGAUGAUGAAAAGGGGCCAUCAAAUUUCACAUAUUAUCCCGGUCUGAAGUACUUGAAACCUGUAAAUUCAAAUGAAUCUUCAACUGGUUGUGGUUGCCAUGGUGGAUGUCUAGCUGGUAACUCCAGCUGCCCUUGCAUUCAAAGAAAUGGUGGUAAUCUUCCAUACACUACAAAUGGUGUUCUUGUCAGCCAAAAACCCUUGAUACAUGAGUGUGGUUCUUCAUGCUUAUGCCCUCCUAGUUGCAAGAAUAGGGUAUGUCAGAGUGGUCUGAAAAUUCGUUUAGAAGUGUUUAAAACUAAAGAUAAAGGUUGGGGUCUAAGGUCAUGGGAUCCUAUCCGCUCCGGGGCUUUUAUUUGUGAAUAUGCAGGGGAGGUAAUUGAUAUUACUAGUGCAGAGGAGCUCAGAUGCGUAAACGAUGAUGAUUAUAUUUUUGAUGCAACCCGUACUAAUCAGUCGGGGGAAGGUUUCUUGAAUGCAUCUAAUGAGACUCUGAAGAUCCCGUUUCCUCUAAUUAUAAAUGCAAAACAUGCUGGUAAUGUAGCUCGGUUUAUGAACCACAGCUGCUCUCCGAAUGUAUUCUGGCAGCCAGUUUUGCGCGAGAAUAGCAAGGAGUGUGAUCUCCAUAUCGUGUUUUAUGCUUACAGACACAUACCUCCAAUGGCUGAGUUGACAUAUAGCUACGGCAUUGUUCCACCAGAGAGAGCUGACGAGAGGAGAAAAAAGUGCCUUUGCGGAUCAGCAAAGUGUUUAGGCUACUUUUACUAGUGGUCUACCAACUUGUGAAUUCGAAACAGCGUAGUCUUUCAAAAGGAUAUGAAGGCAUAUGAAUGUUUCUGUUUGUGGCUCUGCUGAACUUUGCACAAAAUGGUCCUUUCUGCCCCCUCUUCUGCUUUUAACAUUACAGGUCCCCCCCCCCAAUACUAUUACUUUGUAAUGAAGUUUUCUAGAACUUCUAGCAUGGAAACAUUAGCAGAAAUGCUGAUUAAAUCACGUAUGUAUAGUCUAUGUUUCUGUAAUCAUUCUAUAUGUCUGCUUGUUUCUCUCUACGUUUAGGGGGGUUUUUGUGACAUUGCACGAAAGUAAAAGUAAUUAAUACAGUAGAAAAAAGAAUUUGUA